AUGCAUGCACUUGUCCUCUUUACGGGCCUUACGGGUCUUCUUGGCAUUGCCAAUGCCGCCUGUCCCUACAUGACGGGCGACGCGCCUGGGCUGAGUCGUCGUGACGAUGGAGAUGCUGCUACAAACACCGAGGAGUUCCUGUCGCAGUUCUACCUGAAUGACGAGGACGCUUUCAUGACCUCGGAUGUCGGGGGUCCUAUCGAGGAUCAAAACAGCUUGAGCGCUGGCGAGCGCGGUCCCACUCUCCUGGAGGAUUUUAUCUUCCGCCAGAAGAUCCAACGCUUUGAUCACGAGCGAGUUCCCGAGCGCGCGGUCCAUGCCCGCGGCGCCGGUGCCCAUGGAGUAUUCACAUCCUACGGUGACUGGUCGAAUAUCACCGCCGCUUCCUUUCUCUCCGCAAAGGACAAAGAGACCCCUGUCUUCGUUCGCUUCUCCACGGUCGCGGGAAGCCGUGGAAGUGCCGAUACAGCUCGCGAUGUGCAUGGAUUUGCGACUCGAUUCUAUACCGAUGAAGGAAACUUCGAUAUUGUUGGAAACAACAUCCCUGUCUUCUUUAUCCAGGAUGCUAUCCUAUUCCCCGACUUGAUCCACUCAGUCAAGCCGCGAGGCGACAAUGAAAUUCCUCAGGCCGCUACUGCACACGACUCGGCCUGGGACUUCUUUAGCCAACAGCCUAGUGCGCUGCAUACUUUGCUCUGGGCAAUGGCUGGCCAUGGUAUUCCUCGGUCCUUCCGCCAUGUUGACGGCUUUGGUGUGCACACUUUCCGGCUAGUUACCGAUAGUGGCAAGUCAAAGCUUGUCAAGUUCCACUGGAAGGGCCUCCAGGGUAAGGCCAGCUUCGUCUGGGAGGAGGCACAGCAGGUGUCGGGUAAGAACGCGGACUUUAUGCGGCAGGAUCUCUUCGACUCCAUCGAAGCUGGCCGAUAUCCCGAGUGGGAGCUGGGAGUUCAAAUCAUGGACGAAGAAGAUCAAUUGCGAUUUGGAUUCGACCUGCUUGACCCGACCAAGAUCGUUCCCGAGGAAUAUGUGCCCGUCACCCGGCUGGGCAAGAUGCAACUGAAUCGAAACCCAAAGAAUUACUUCGCAGAGACAGAGCAGGUCAUGUUCCAACCCGGCCACAUCGUCCGCGGUGUCGACUUCACAGAGGACCCUCUCCUCCAAGGCCGCCUCUUCUCCUACCUCGACACCCAACUCAACCGUCACGGCGGCCCCAACUUCGAGCAGCUACCCAUCAACCGUCCCCGCGUCCCGAUUCACAACAACAACCGCGACGGCGCAGGCCAGAUGUUCAUCCCCCUCAACAAGGACGCAUACACCCCCAACACAGCCAACAACGGCUCUCCCAAACAAGCCAACCAAACCGUGGGCAACGGCUUCUUCACCACGCCCGGCCGCACAACAAGCGGCAAGCUGCUUCGCACCGUCAGCUCUACCUUCGAGGACGUCUGGUCGCAGCCGCGCCUGUUCUGGAACUCGCUCGUGCCGGCAGAGCAGCAAUUCGUCGUGGACGCGAUGCGCUUCGAGAACGCGAAUGUGGUCAGCUCUGUCGUCCGCAACAACGUUAUCAUCCAGCUCAACCGCAUUAGCAAUGACCUCGCGAAGCGCGUUGCGGAGGCAAUUGGCGUUGAUGCGCCGGAGCCCGACGACAGAUUUUACCACGACAAUACUACGGCGCACAUCGGUGCGUUCGGGCAGAAGCUGCUCAAGCUGGAGGGGUUGAAGGUGGGCGUGCUCGCAUCCGUGGUGAAUGAGUCCUCUAUUAUGCAGGGCGCAAAGCUCCAGAGUCAGCUUACGUCUGUUGGAGUUGACGUGGUCGUCGUUGGUGAGCGGAUGGCGGACGGCGUGAACCAGACGUACUCGGCGUCCGAUGCGGUGAACUUCGAUGCGGUAGUGAUUGCGGAUGGUGCCGAGGGUCUAUUCGGUUCCAAAUCGCUUACUGCGUCGCCGACGGCCAAGGCAUCCGGUGCGACCUCGUUAUUCCCGGCGGGUCGGCCGUUGGACAUUCUUAUUGAUGCCUUCCGAUUUGGCAAGACCGUUGGAGCGAUCGGCAAGGGCUCUGCCGCGCUGGAGGCUGCGCAGAUUUCUAGUGAGCGGGAGGGCGUUUACGUCGCGGAUUCCGUUGUUGAGGAUUUUGCCAAUGACCUGAAGGAUGGACUGCGCACGUUCAAGUUCUUGGAUCGAUUUGCGCUGGAUGCGUGA